GAAACAUGAAGUAAUGGAAGAGGAAGAAGAGAGGCGCUCGUGAGCAAACUGCUAGCCACAUUAGCAUUAGCCUAUACUGUAGCCUUUCCAUAAUGGCGCCUCUGGAUCUAGAUAAAUAUGUCGAAAUAGCAAGACACUGCAAAUACCUACCAGAAAAUGAUCUGAAGAGAUUAUGCGAUUAUGUGUGUGAUCUACUGUUGGAAGAAUCAAAUGUACAGCCAGUUUCUACACCGGUUACAGUCUGUGGAGACAUCCAUGGACAGUUUUAUGACCUUUGUGAGCUCUUCAGAACCGGAGGGCAGGUUCCAGACACAAACUACAUUUUUAUGGGGGAUUUUGUAGACAGAGGAUAUUACAGCUUGGAAACAUUUACACAUCUUCUUGCUUUAAAAGCAAAGUGGCCUGAUCGCAUCACUUUACUUCGGGGAAAUCAUGAAAGCAGACAAAUAACACAAGUGUAUGGGUUUUAUGAUGAGUGCCAAACAAAAUAUGGCAAUGCCAAUGCCUGGCGAUAUUGUACCAAAGUUUUUGACAUGCUAACUGUUGCAGCUUUGAUAGAUGAGCAGGUCCUGUGUGUUCAUGGUGGGCUUUCACCUGACAUUAAAACUUUGGACCAAAUUCGUACAAUAGAACGCAACCAAGAGAUUCCACACAAAGGCGCCUUCUGUGAUCUUGUAUGGUCAGAUCCUGAAGAUGUAGACACCUGGGCUAUCAGUCCACGAGGUGCAGGGUGGCUGUUUGGCUCCAAAGUCACAAAUGAGUUUGUGCACAUCAACAACUUAAAGCUCAUCUGCCGGGCACAUCAGCUGGUUCAUGAAGGGUACAAGUUCAUGUUCGAUGAAAAAUUGGUGACGGUGUGGUCGGCACCAAACUACUGCUACCGCUGUGGGAACAUUGCUUCGAUUAUGGUUUUUAAAGAUGUAAAUAGACGAGAGCCGAAGCUGUUCCGGGCUGUCCCUGACUCUGAAAGGGUUAUACCGCCUCGAACCACUACACCUUACUUCCUUUAAUUAACGCAUCCUCUGUUGUCUUGAAAUUUAUUUAUAUGCAACAGAUUUUACUAAAUAUAACUGUUUUCAGGUUAAAGUAUCUUGAUGGCUGUUUUUGCUCCUUAAAUUCAUUUUAAUUAAAGUAUGUCUAAUUAUGUCACACAUUGUGUCGUAAAGAUGCAUUUUAACAUUUUGAUCCAAAUUAUACCUCUUUAAAUAAAAUCUUUAUAUAUUUCUA